AUGUUUAGAACAAUAUUAAAUAGAUCUUUCUUGGUUGUUAGAAAUUCUCAACAACAACAAUCAAAGUUGUUGUCAUUAAAUGUUAGAUAUUACUCGAAUAGAAAUGAACAUGUUGUAAAGACGAAUAGCAAUGAAGGUGAUGAAAUUUUAAAGAAAUAUAAACAGCAACAACAACAGUUGAAGCAGCAACAACAACAGAAUGAUCCAAGCAUUAAAGUAGACGAAUCAUUACUCAAAUACGAACCAUCGGAGAAGAACAUCAUGAAAAUCGAUGAAUUGGUUGACCCAGCCAAGCAGAAGUGGUAUCUUAAAUUGAUGGGUCUCUACACUAAAGAUACACUUUUUUUGAAUAUUUCUCAUUCUAUCUACGACUCCAUUGCCAUUCAUACAUCAAAUCCUGCAUUAUAUAAAAGUGUUGGUCUUCCAUUAACUGUUAGAAGUUGGUUUGCAAUGACAUUGCUACACAUGUGGAUGGUAUUUGUUCGUUUACGUAAAGAUGGAAAGGUUGCAAACAAGUUGUCAACCGAUAUCUAUGACAGAUUUUGGGAGGAUCUUGAAAAGAGAAUCGUUAGAGGAGGUAUUCAACAUAAAUUUGCAGCAAAAUACUUAAAGGAGUUCUAUACCAAUUAUUUGGGAUCGGUUGUGGCUUAUGAUGAAGGUUUGUUUGACGAUGUUAUAAUGGCCGAUGCACUCUGGAGGAAUCUUUUGGCUAUGAGUGAAGAUGCAUCGAUGUCGCAAAUCGAUUUCAUGGUUAAAUAUAUUAGAGUUCAGUUAAACAAAUUAGAUAACAGUCCAAAUGUUGGAACCAGAGGUGAAAUUACUUUUGAUGAUGUUUCAACCAUUCAAUAA